GCCCCUUUUCCUAGGACUGACGAUCCUUCCUAUUUAAUAUGUCACUCGUUGACUUUUCUGUGACAUAACCUCAAUCCUACGUCUUACAUUUUCUCUUUCUCUUUCUUAUUUCAACUUGCCGAAAAGACGUGGUUGUGUCUGAAAUCCCUACAAAGUUCAAGAAAAUGGCCAUCAUGGAUUUCAAUUUGAAGACAGAAAAAGGCCUGAAAGACUUCAACAACUUUUUGGAAGACAAAAGCUACGUCUCAGGAUGGACGCCAAGCCAAGCUGAUGUGGAUGCCCUGAAUCAGAUCCAAAAAGCACCACCCGCAAACCUUCCACACGCCUUGCGCUGGUACAACCAUAUCCGUUCAUACCCAGCAGAUGAACUGAAGAAAUUUGGAGCCUCAGGAGCCUGCCCCUUGAAGACAGCCACCACAACCACAGCUCCUGCUAAGGACGAUGAUGACGAUGUCGAUCUAUUUGCAUCUGACGAAGAGGAAGAUGCUGAGGCAGCAAAGAUCCGCGACGAGCGUCUGAAGGCUUAUGCUGAAAAGAAGUCCAAGAAGCCAGAACUCAUUGCCAAGUCCAGCAUUGUACUGGAUGUGAAGCCUUGGGAUGAUGAGACUGACAUGAAAGAGUUAGAGAAGGCAACCAGAACCAUUGAAAUGGAUGGCCUUAUCUGGGGAGCAUCCAAAUUGGUACCUGUGGGAUAUGGUAUUAACAAGCUGCAGAUCAUGUGUGUCGUUGAGGAUGCAAAGGUUUCUGUUGAUGAGUUGGUUGAGAAGAUACAGGAGUUUGAAGAUUUUGUGCAGUCUGUUGAUAUUGCUGCUUUCAAUAAGAUUUAAAUGAUGUGUUGUCUUGUGUUCAAUAAAAUACAAUUUCAGUAAAUUACAUUAUUUGUGUUCAAUUCUAUAAUUUUCUAGAUUUGGUGUUCUGUAGAAAACAAUUGUGUAUUUCACAUUUUUAUCAAAAAUUAUCACUACUCUGUGGAGUGUGUUGGAAUGAAUAAACUAUGUAAAACUGGUAUGGAAAUGAUAUGCUCAUUGUAAUUAGAUGUCACUGACAAACUUGAUUGAGUAACUUGGGAGACCAGUUGAAACUAAAUUUGUAACAUAUUGAGGAUUUUAUACAGAGGAUAGUCCCAGAGAUCACCUUGACAGGCAAUCUUGGGGAUACUAUUUAGGUCUUCAGAUGUUUCACAUCGAGCCUUUGCUAAUGCAUUAAGUAUUGGGAAUCUCCAACUAAUAUUUAUAUGGUAAAAUAAAAAGAAUGAAUUUUGAGAUUAGUGCAAAACAAUGUUAACUUGCCUAAAAUUAGAAAUUUUGAUAAUCUUGUCUUCCAUAUAACUUGAUAUAGCCUAUUAUUGGAAGCUUCUAUAAUGUUUAAUUAUGGUUUGGUACUUCAUUUAAUGUCAAGUAUCAUAUUGAGAAAAGAUGUAAUUAUUUGAUACUCUUUUAUUAUUGUAUUAAAAUGUUGAAUAAAAAAAUGUCCAUUGGCAAAGUAAUUGUUCCAUUACAUUGAAUAUUGCAUUUUGUUUUCUGAAACCAAUUUCCUUCACACUAACGCAAAAUGAGUGACUACACUAUUCCCACGCAGACGGAGCCGGCUUAGGCUACUCUUAAAUAACUGCUAAGCAUUCACUUUAGCAAAUAUACCAGAGUUAAAAG